AAAUAACAAAAGGUACCAUUUCUACCAUUAUUUAAGUUCAGCUGGAUUAAAUGUGCCGAAGAACAGAAGAAGAGCAUCUUUAUGGCAAGCAAGCUGAAGAAAUUAUUGGAUGUGGCAGUGGAUCAUACGUUUAAAAUAAGCUGUCUCGGUUAUGUUGCUGGUAUCUUGUGGUUUGUCGCUCUGGUGCAUCCGCCCAUGAACAACCAAACCUAUUUCUCUGAGAAUGCAUUACUUCCUGGGAUGGUGGAGACGACCUAUCGCUAUGGUCGCUCUGAGAGAGAUUUAAAAACUGAAAUUGAACAAAAAAUGAAGAGUGGUCAUUUCUUGCAAUGGUUGAUGGGCAAAAUGAACAGCAUAGGCCUGGAGGUUUAUCAUCAGAACUUCACUGUAAAUUUACCUCAGGAGCUGCUAUCUAUGAAUGAGGAGAUCAAUGGUACAAAUAUUUAUGGAAUAUUGCGUGCACCUCGCACUUCCCGCUCCGAGGCUAUCGUUUUCAUGAUACCAUGGAAACAGGGCACCACUGACAGUUAUGAUGAGCUGGUCUUCAUGUUAUCUUUGGCAGAGCAUUUUAGGAAUAACAUAUAUUGGUCAAAAGACAUCAUAUUUCUAAUUGUCGAUCAGGGAGAAAUUGGAGUCCAGUCUUGGUUGGAUGAAUAUCAUGGUGUUGUGUCAAAAUAUGUAAAAUCAUCGAGAAUGUUCGGCAGGUCGGGUGCGAUGCAGGCGGCAAUUAACAUCGAGUUUCAAAACGAAGAAUUCAACGUCAUGCAAAUUAUCGUCGAAAGCUUAAAUGGACAACUACCCAACCUGGAUUUGGUCAAUAUGGUUAUAAGAUUGUGCCAAGGCGAAGGCAUUCCGGUUGAAUUGAAGAAGUUUCCCGUGAGCCAUUUCUAUGACGGUUGGGAUGAAUUUAGAAGCUCACUAAGCACCAUGGUAUCUAUGAUGUACGGUCAAGCUUCGUGCCGUCCCUCCGCAAACCAUGGAGUGUUCCCGAAAUAUGGUAUCGAGGCAGUUACAUUAAGAGGACUGAAGAAAGAUCGCGGUAACUAUGUAAGAUUUGGAAAUUUGGGAAGAUCCGUUGAAGGAAUGUUUCGUAGUUUGAACAGUCUAUUAGAGAAAUUUCAUCAAUCCUUUUUCUUCUAUCUAUUGUCCUCGACAUCCCGUUAUGUAUCCAUCGGUCUCUACAUGCCCCCUCUCGCGUGCGUCAUGGUUGGUCCCAUAGUAACAGCUUUGUCGCUGUGGAUGACGUCAUUGAAAGAGAAAGUUAGUACAAACGAAGAUAAAAUUACGAAAAAGGAUGAAGCCAAAGAAACAAAACAUGACGAGAGAGAGAAAUUUCCAUUUACUCGUCCACCUCAGCAUUUUCUUAAAGCGUUUCGUGUCAUUCUCGCGGGAUAUUUCGUUGGUUCUAUGGCCUACUUAAGCCCGUGGAUACUACAGUAUGUUGAUGCUACGUCAUUUGGCGUCCAUCCUUCACAUCUUUUUGUCGCUGUUUUGCUUGGAGUAAUUGUUCUUGGCUCAGGAUUCGUGUUAACAUUCAGAUACACCAGUAAUUUUGAAGAAAACGAUGUCGCUUUAUUAAAGUCUUUUGCAUUGGUAAUUUUUGUGUGUCAAGUUGGAUGUCUGGCGACUGUCAACUUUUCUUUUGCAUUUUUUCUCGCAACAUUCAGCCUUCCGACGUUUCUCAUCGUUCGUUCCACUAAAAACCGAUACCGUCGUUUUCUUCAAGUGCUGUGUGCCAUCGUCACUUCGCCACCGUCCGUCUUGUUUAUAUUGACGAUAGCGUAUUGUUAUUUUACAACAGCAAUUUAUGAAGACCAAUGGAGCUGUGUUGAGGCGUUGUACACUGAUAUAGUUUUGCUCUCCUAUCGAGACUCGUUCGUAUUACUAACGUGGUCUUAUAGUGUAUUUUUUAUGAUAAUUUAUCCGAAUUGGACGACUUUCUGGUUCAUCGCAUGGAUGUGAAGAAAUACUUGGCUCGUCUUUGCCACUUGUGGCGAUCUUAGGUUUCGUUAUCAGCUCCGAGAAGCUGGAAAAAUAAUCGCUAAUUUGAAUUUAAGUAGUUUAGUUAAAAGAAUCGAUACACCUUAAAGUACGCAUUUAUUGCACUCUGUUGGAACUUCGAAGAUUUCCCUCCGGGGGUCCGGUGGAAUAUUUUGGCUUCUAUGAAAUUCAUUACAUAACUGAGAUGAAUGGCCCACGCUGACUGGUUGACGAAUUAUUUAUAUCAUCUUACUCCUAUCGCGAAAUUAAUUUUUCCCACACUUGAAAAUAAUAAAAUUUAAAAAGAAAGCGCUCUCAAUCAAAGAUUACUAUAUCUUUUUGAA